AUGUCACACACCGCCGCCGAUAUUGCUCCGCUGAAGCCGAAGCGGCGGGAAGAGCAGGCUGAACCUUGCAAAGCCGCAGCACCGCGUUUUGAGUUGCAGCACCGCAGCACCGCAGCAACAGCCACUCAAAACAAGCUGCAGGAAGAGCAGCCGGCUGAAUAUUGCAAGGCCACAGCGCUGCCGCAUCACAUCGUCUUUCAGGAGAGCUUCGACGGCGACGAGUCAACGGUCGGCAACGGGUGGAACGAUGGCUCAUUCGACGAACCGCCCGCCAUUCUCAACUUCCACGUGCGCCCUGUGCGUGACGGGGGAUGGCGAUUCACCCUCCUUGUGCCCUUGGUGCUCGUACUCCUCGGAAUCUACAGCUUCUUCACUGCCCUGUUCACCGAACUUUUCGGCUCCUCGGGUUCCAAGGGCAUUGCCCUCCUUGAGCCAUUCCCCUGUCGACAAGUCCUCUCUCUCAUCGUCUCUCCCUUGGCGCUCCUCCUCCUCUUCGCCCUCAGCCUCCCCCUCCCCCUGCUGCUCCUCUCGUGCUUCCGACGAGUCUCCGCUAGCACCGUAAAGACUUGUCUGCUCCUCGUCGCGGUGAGCUGCGCUCUGCAAGGCGCCGUUGCUGGCCCCGCAUGGUGGCCGGUGCUGCAAGACCAAAGUGCUGCGGAAGGGAGCAUGGGAGGCGUGGGAGGGGGCACGGGAAGCAUGAUAGGCAUGGCAGGCAUGGCAGGCAUGGGAGAGGGCAUGGGAGGCAUGGGAGGGGGGCUCUCAGUACCAGCAGCUGCUGGAGUUAUUCGCUUCAUCCUCCGUCCUCUCCUCCUCAUCAAGAUCGUUUUCUUGUUGCUCCUCAGUGCCGCCGCAGUGCUACUUGUUCUGCGCUGCAGCGCACACCUGCUGCCCGCGGCCUCGGCCAUCACACACACCACGCACGCAACCAUCAGCCGGGCGCCUGUCGUCCUCCUUAUUCCGCUCCUCGUUAUGCUCGCAGCGUCGUUCCUGGGCCUCCCUUUGAUGUAUUACGCUUACUCCAACACCAAUGUCCUCCUCUUGGCCAUCCUUAUUCUCACUUUGCUUUUCCUUUUCAAAGUGCUCUCAGCUCUUCUCACCUACUCCACAUCCGCUGUUUUCGCACGGCUGUAUGCCACAACCAGCAGCAGCAGCAGCAGCAGCAGCAGCAGCAGCAGCAGCAGCAGCAGUGAAAGCAGCAGCAGUGAAAGCAGCAGCAGCAGGAGCAGUGAGGACGGGAAGGAGGGUGAAAAGGAAGAGGGCGUGACAACUACAGGGCAGCUUCAAAAGCAGCUACAGCUCCUCUCCUCAGCGUUCACCCUCGCCUGCACCUCAUCCCUGGGCACCUGCUGUGCCAUUGCCUUCACCGCAAGCGUCCUCACCAUUCUCCAGGUCCUCCUCUCCGCCCUCCUCCUGGCCCUCUUUGGCCAGGGCAUUUUCGGCUGCCUGCUGGUGGCGCUGCUUCACUGCACAGCCGUUGCAAUCCGGUUUUUCCUCAACUGUCUCGUCCUCCCCACCAGUGCAGUGAGCGGCCAUGGCUUCUCUCGCUCCCUGCGCCUCUCUCUCAACGUCCUGCAGCGGUUUCUGGUGCCCAUUGUGGCUUCUAAUACUGCUAUGCUAGCCCCGCGAAUGGUUCUCAGUGGUCUGCUGAGCAUCGCAUAUCAAAUAGUCGCGCUCGUUGUGAUCUCCAAUGUAGUGCUCUCGUUCGUCCUCGCUACAGGUGUCUCCACUACAGUGCUGUGUUUCGCCUGGGACAAAAAGCUUGAGCCAGAAGAGUGCUCUGAUGUUGCUGGCCUGGUAACGGGUAGUUCCCUGUCGCUUGCUGAUAGCAAGGAGAGUAGUGCGGUGUAG